AUGUCGCUUACUGCUGAUCCACCCAAUGGUACAGUUCCAGCUACUGGUGGAACGUUGACACACAACCUUGUAAACGGUGGUGCUGAAAAGCUGGUCUUUAAAGUAAGAAGCUCGAACAAUACAGAAUAUCGUGUGAAGCCAGUGUUUGGAUUCGUCGAUCCUGGAGCAUCGACACCGCUUGAAAUUACUCGAUUGGCAGGACCACCGAAGGAAGACAAGAUGGUUGUUCAAUUUGCUCCUGCUCCUCCAGAUGCCACGGAUCCCGCUGCUGCAUUUGCGGCUGUACAACCAGCCGGAAAUGUGACAAUACCACUUAGUGCCACGGCGCCGGCAGCGGAAGCACCACCAGCAGCACCACCACCACAAUAA